UGGUUGGACAGGAAGCGUGCGCUGGAUAAAGAGAGUGGUGUUCAGAUGGAUAUACCCAUUCGCAGGAAAGGAAAACCAAACAAGGGUGGGGGCAAAAGACAAGGUAGCAGUAGAGGUGGAAGAGGUGGAGGAGGAAGAGGAAGAGGUGGCGGAGGAAGAGGUGGAGGAGGAAGAUUCAGAGAACAAAGUGGAGGAGGAGGAGGAGGAGGUGGACUAGGCAAGAAGAGUUCCAGUAAAGCUUGGGAUGAUGGAGAUGACAUUGCUUUUGCCAGUAGACCAAUACCAAGGAGCAGCCAGCCUAUCAGAAGGCCAUAUCGAUCUCGAGGUGCUCCUGCGACAAGUGUACCCCUGCAGACCCUGCAUAUGACUUCUGAAAACCAGGAACGAGUUAAAGCUCUUUUGCGUGAUCUCCAGGGACAUGAGCCAGAUGACGUCAUUGAUGAUGUGGGAUCAGACAUAGACGAUGAAUAUGAUGAGCCAUAUUCGCAAGAUGAAGUAGAUGAGAGCACUGAUGAUCAAGAUGAAGAUGAAUCCUUUAAUGUUUGGUCUUCACCUUCAGAAACAUCACAGGCAACUGGGAAAUCUUCUCCUACCCAGUUGUUACCAGAAGCUGUAAUAUCCCCUUUUGCCAUAGGAAAGUUGUCAAGGUAUGGCUUUGACAAGGAAAGAUGUAUGGCAGUCCUUAGGUCUCAUGAUAGUGAUGUAGGCUCAUCAUUGGAGCACUUACUUCAGCUGUGUUUUUCUGAGACUUUUGGUGUCCUCACUAAAACUCCAAGAGCUGCUUGUGAGAUAAGCUUUGAGGAAUGUGCUGAGCGCCGUCAGGAAGAGGCCUUCGUCCUCAGCUCUAUUUGUGGAGAGAGAUUUAUAGAGAGGAUCCCUGAUAGAGUAUGGACUGUGGGAAUGGAGAUGGAGUAUCUGACCAAUCGAUUGCAGAAACCUCGGCAGAGGGAUAGCAGCAGAGAUCUUGUGAAGCAGAACACCAACAAUUUUUGCAGAUUUUUCCUAAGGGGAGAAAACUGCCGUUUUGGCUCAAGGUGCAGGUUUAAGCAUGAAAGUCCAAAACAGACACAGAACUUGAAGGAUGACUCUCAUCUUUGUGCUAAUGGAGAUAACUACCUCUAUGAACUUGAAAUUAGGUUUCCAAAGGGCAACAAAUACCCUUACCAGGCGCCACUGGUAGCGUUUCAUUCAGUUAAUGAGAACCUUCCCAUGGGCUGUAGGCUUCAUAUUGCUGAGUACCUUUAUGACAAGGCUUUGGAUGUUGCACAGUCCAAUGAACCUGCUGUUUACACCCUUGUGACCUUCUUGGAAGAUGAAGAAGAAAUCGUUAAACUACUUGGCAAUACCCAUCACAAAUUUAGUGUCCCGCCACCCUUAAUUCUAACAUCUGCCUGUGAUGCAAAGAAAAAUCCUCCCAUAAUCAUCAACAGACCGAGUGCUUCUGAGAAGUCUUCUCUCCCAAGCCAUCUUCCAGAAGUAAAGAAGGAGCAAAAACCAGUCAAGUUAGAAAUAAAAAAACAAAAUGAACAAGAUGAAAAUGAUUUUGACGAACUGGAGGCAGAAGAUGUUAUAGUAGAAAAUGAAAGCUACGUAAACCUGAGGAAAAAGCUGUCCAAGAAGUAUAACUGGAAUCCUAAAUCCUUGUGUGCAGAGAAUGCCAAAAUUUGUAAACACUUCCAGACCAAAAAGUCCACAAGAAAUUACCAGUCAAUGUUACAGGAGAGGCUGAAACUUCCAGCAUGGCAGAAGCAAGACACAAUCCUGCAACUCCUGAUGAAGCAUCAAGUUCUUGUAAUAAGUGGAAUGACUGGGUGUGGUAAGACCACACAAAUUCCACAGUUUAUAUUGGAUGCUUCAUUACAAGGACCUCCCAGUAAUGUGUCCAACAUAAUAUGCACACAACCACGCCGAAUCUCUGCUAUUUCUGUAGCCGAGCGUGUGGCCCAGGAGAGAGCAGAACGCGUUGGACUUUCUGUAGGAUAUCAGAUAAGACUGGAAAGUGUCAAGUCGGCGGCUACCAGACUACUAUACUGUACAACAGGGGUACUCUUGAGACGGCUAGAAGGAGAUACCUCCCUGCAGGGUGUCACUCACGUCAUUGUAGAUGAAGUCCAUGAAAGAACAGAAGAAAGUGAUUUUUUGCUGCUCGUUUUAAAAGAUGUUAUAAUGAAGCAACCUGAUCUGAAGAUUAUCCUUAUGAGUGCCACUCUAAAUGCUGAGCUCUUCUCGAACUACUUUAACAAAUGCCCAGUUGUACAUAUACCAGGUCGAACUUUUCCUGUGGAUCAGUAUUUCUUAGAGGAUGCUAUUGCUAAAACUAGAUACGUUGUAGAAGAAGGAAGCCCAUAUCAUCGUUCUUCAAAGAAUUCUUCCGGACAUGAGCCGUUUAAAGGAAAGAAAGGAAAGAGCUAUGGAGAUUUAUAUGAUGACUUAGACCAGGAAAUGAGUUUCUCGUUGCACUUAGAGGAUACCAAGGCAGUUAAGGACUCUGUACCAGAUCAGCAACUAAGUUUUAAGGAACUUUCGGUUCGCUACAAUGGACUCAGUAAAUCUGUCAUUAAAACACUGUCUGCCAUGGAUUUGGAGAAAAUUAACUUGGAUUUAAUUGAAGCCUUGUUAGAAUGGAUAGUGAAUGGAGAUCAUUCUUAUCCACCAGGUGCUGUGUUAGUAUUUUUGCCUGGCUUGGCAGAAAUUAAAAUGCUCUUUGAGCAACUCCAGUCUAAUGCUUCUUUUAAUAAUAGACGCAACAAAAGAUGUGUGAUCUACCCCCUGCAUUCGUCCUUGUCCAGUGAAGAGCAGCAAGCUGUUUUCUUAAAGCCGCCUCGAGGAGUUACUAAGAUAAUAAUCACCACAAACAUUGCAGAAACCUCGGUUACUAUAGAUGAUGUUAUAUAUGUGAUAGAUUCUGGGAAAAUGAGAGAGAAAAGGUAUGAUCCAUGUAAAAGUAUGGAAAGUCUUGAAGAUACCUGGGUAUCUAAGGCCAAUGCCUUGCAAAGGAAAGGAAGAGCUGGACGAGUGGCCUCAGGAGUCUGCUUUCAUCUCUUCACCGGCCAUCACUAUGAAUAUCAGCUUCUGGAGCAACAGCUUCCCGAGAUCAAGAGAAUACCUCUAGAACAGCUGUGUCUGAGGAUAAAAAUUUUAGAGAUGUUUUCUGAGUGCCGUCUAGAAUCAGUCCUGGGGAGAUUAAUUGAGCCCCCCAACGUGGAGUCACUUCAUGCCUCAAAACUGCGACUUCAGGACCUUGGAGCUUUGACACAAGAGGAGAAGCUUACACCUCUGGGGUAUCAUUUGGCUUCUCUUCCAGUUGAUGUGAGAAUUGGGAAACUUAUGCUCUUUGGUGCUAUCUUCAGAUGUCUUGACCCUGCACUCACCAUUGCUGCUAGCCUAGCCUUUAAGUCACCUUUUGUUUGCCCCUGGGAGAAAAAGGAAGAGGCUAACAAGAAAAAGCAAGAGUUUGCCGUGGCAAACAGUGACCAUUUAGCUCUGCUCCAGGGUUACAAAGCAUGGAGUUCAGUCAUAAAAGAGAGCCCUCGUGCUGGAUUCCAGUUUUGCAGGGACAAUUUCUUAUCGUCCAGAAUAUUGCAGGAAAUAGCCAGCUUGAAGAGACAAUUUACAGAACUGCUGUCAGAUAUUGGGUUUGUGAAGGAAGGACUCCGAGCACGAGAUAUUGAGAAAAGAUCUUCUCAUAGGGGAGAUGGCGUUAUGGAGGCAACUGGUGAAGAGUCAAAUACAAACUCAGAGAACAUUAAACUAAUGUCAGCCAUGUUGUGUGCAGCCUUGUACCCUAAUGUAGUUCAGGUCAAAUAUCCAGAAGGAAAAUUCCAAGUUACAAGAGCUGGAGCUGUAAAAAUGCAGCCAAAAGCUGAUGAGUUAAAAUUUGUUACAAAAUCUGAUGGUUAUGUUCAUGUGCACCCAUCUUCAAUAAAUUAUCAGGUCAGGCAUUUUGAGAGCCCUUACUUGGUAUAUCAUGAAAAGAUCAAAACCAGCCGUGUGUUUGUGCGAGACUGCAGCAUGGUAUCAGUGUAUCCUCUGGUACUGUUUGGUGGGGGGCAAGUCAAUGUUGAGUUGCAUAGGGGGGAAUUCCUAAUCUCCCUGGAUGAUGGAUGGAUCCGUUUUGCAGCAGCAUCAUAUCAGGUAGCAGAACUGGUGAAAGAGCUUCGGAGUGAACUUGAUCAACUCCUUCAGGAUAAAAUAAAGAAUCCAACAAUGGACUUAUGCAACUGCCCACGGGGCUCCCGUAUUAUUGCAAUGAUUGUCAAACUUGUGACUACUCAGUAGAUCAGUGCUCUUCAGAUGGACUGUUAGAAUCUUUUUUUCUUUUUCUUUACUGAUAUUGGCCUUUAUAUUGUCAAUUAGGAUGCACAUCUGGAAUGAACUAGACUUUGUGUACAACAUUUACAUAGGAGACAAACAGUGGUACAUAAAUAAUACUGAGAAUGGCUUUAACCAAAAGAAGCACUGCAAUGAUAUUUUGAUCAUGUAGAACAGAUCUCUUUUCCUUACAGGAAUUCAGUAAAUAAAAAGUUAAAGCAUUAAAUUAGAGUCUCAUAAUUCAAACUAAUAUAUAUCUCUUUUAAAGUAAACCUGAAAGGUAAAUUUAGUAACCCAUACAUUUAAAUAUAUGUAAAACUAGUCCUAAAGCCCAUUCACACGGGCCAUUUUUUGCAGUACAGCGGUCCCACCCCUUGCUCUCCCCCCCCCCUCUCUUUUGCACUCUCUUCCUCUCCCCCUCUUUUGCUCGCUCUCUCUCUUUCUUUUCCCCUUUUGCGCUCUCUCCCCUGUCUCUCUCCUCUUUUUUGCUCUCUCUAUCCCCCCCUUUUGAGCUCUCUCUCUCACGUCCGCACGGCCCCGCCCACGUCAUGCCCGGUCCUGCCACCCAUCACGUUCGGUCGGCCCCAGAUGCCAGGUCAGUCUGUUGAAGGCCAGGUGUGUUUGUCCUUGGGCAGUCGCUACUCCGCAUGACAUCUUCGGACAAACACACUUGGCCUUUUAUAUUAUAGGAUAAAGGAAUAGCAAUUGAGAUAUAUUAGUUUGCUGCUUUCAUCAUACCUCCUAUACAUUUAGCUUUGAUUAACCUGCAUUUUUAAUUUUAUUUGUAAUUUUUGCUGUACUCUGCAGUCAGUUACAUGGGGUAAAACAAAAGUAUUACUUCCUCUACUGUACACCUAGAAAAUAUAGUACCACUUCACUGCCUGCACUAAGAAAACAGUGUUUCAAAGAUGUGUGGCACCCUGGAUUGUCGAGCCCUGGUUUAUUGUAAAUGUUCACCAUGAUAACAUUUGUUUUUGAGCUUGUAUACUGUAUGGACCCAAAGCUUUUUGACAUAAUUUAAAUAAUCUCUCACAAAGUUAUCAAAAUAUAUUAAAGGGCAUGAAACACAUUUUUCCCCCCAUAAGUCAGAUAGAACAUACUAAUUAAACAACUGACCAAUUCACUUAUCUAAUUUGCGUCAUUCUCUUGGUAUGCUCUGUUCAAAAGCAUAACUAGGUAGGCUCACUAGCAGCAAUGCACUACUGGGAGCUAGCUGAUGAUUGGUGGCUGCACAUAUGUGCCGCUUGUCAGUGGCUCACCAGAUGUCUUCAGCUAGUACAUUGCUGCUCCUUCAGCAAACGAUACCAAGAGAAUAAAAUACAUUUUGUAAUAGAAGUUAACUGGAAAGUUGUUUAAAAUGGUAUGCUUCAUUUUAAUCUUUAAAGAAAACAAUUGGGUUUCAUGCAUACCUGCCAAACAAUGUUUGCUUGCAGUGAAAGCAAACCACGUUAUGACUGAAAUUUUUCUGUGUUCUUUUUAAUCUAGAUUUGAUUAAUAUGAAAGAAGAUGAUUCUAUUAGAGGUAGUCAACUGAUUUAAACAAAAAAACAUCUUAUUAAUGUAAUUCCACAGAGGACUAGACAGGUGCAAAAAAAAGUAAAUUUAUGCUUACCUGAUAAAUUAAUUUCUUCUAUGGUACGACGAGUCCACGGAUUCAUCCUUUACUUGUGGGAUAUUAUCCUCCUGCUAACAGAAAGUGGCAAAGAGCACCACAGCAGAGCUGUCUAUUAUAGCUCCUCCCUUAGCUCCACCCCCAGUCAUUUGACCGAAGGUACAGGAAGAAAAAGGAGAAACUAAAAGGUGCAGAGGUGACUGAAGUUUAAAAUCAAAAAAUAUAAUCUGUCUUAAAAUGACAGGGAUGGCCAUGGACUUGUCGUACCAUAGAAGAAAUUAAUUUAUCAGGUAAGCAUAAAUUUACUUUUCUUCUAUAAGGUAUGACGAGUCCACGGAUUUAUCCUUUACUUGUGGGAUACAAUACCAAAGCUACAGGACACGGAUGAACGGGAGGGACAAGACAGAUGGUUAAACAGAAGGCACCACUGCUUGAAGAACUUUUCUCCCAAAAAUAGCCUCCGAAGAAGCAAAAGUAUCAAAUUUGGAAAAGGUAUGAAGCGAAGACCAAGUCGCAGCCUUACAAAUCUGUUCAACAGAAGCAUCAUUUUUAAAAGCUCAUGUGGAAGCCACCGCUCUAGUAGAGUGAGCUGUAAUCCUUUCAGGAGGCUGUUGUCCAGCAGUCUCGUAUGCCAAACGGAUGAUGCUUUUCAGCCAAAAAGAAAGAGAGGUAGCCGUAGCUUUUUGACCUCUACGUUUUCCAGAAUAGACAACAAACCAAGAAGAUGUUUGACGGAAAUCUUUGGUUGCUUGCAAGUAAAACUUUAAAGCACAAACCACAUCUAAAUUGUGCAACAGACGCUCCUUCUUAGAGGAAGAAUUAGGACACAGAGAAGGAACAACAAUUUCCUGAUUGAUAUUCCUAUUAGUAACAACCUUAGGAAGGAAUCCAGGUUUGGUACGCAAAACCACCUUAUCAGCAUGGAAAACAAGAUAAGGCGAGUCGCAUUGUAAUGCAGAUAGUUCAGAAACUCUUCGAGCCGAAGAGAUAGCAACUAAAAACAGAACUUUCCAAGAUAGAAGCUUAAUAUCUGUGGAAUGCAACGGAACCCCUUGAAGAACUUUAAGAACUAAAUUCAAACUCCAUGGCGGAGCAACAGGUUUAAACACAGGCUUAAUUCUAACUAAAGCCUGACAGAACGACUGAACGUCUGGAACAUCUGCCAGAUGCUUGUGCAGUAGAAUUGAUAAAGUAGAUAUCUGUCCCUUUAAGGAACUAGCUGAUAGCCCCUUCUCCAAUCCUAGGAAUCCUGAUCUUACUCCAUGAGUAGCCUUUGGAUUCGCACUAAUAAAGAUAUUUACACCAUAUCUUAUGAUAAAUUUUCCUAGUGACAGGCUUUCGAGCCUGAAUCAAGGUAUCUCUGACCGACUCAGAGAAACCCCGCUUGGAUAAAAUCAAGCGUUCAAUCUCCAAGCAGUCAGCCGCAGAGAAACUAGAUUUGGAUGUUGGAACGGACCUUGAAUCAGAAGGUCCUGUCUCAAUGGCAGAGUCCAUGGUGGAAGAGAUGACAUGUCCACCAGGUCUGCAUACAAAGUCCUGCGUGGCCACGCAGGUGCUAUCAAAAUCACUGAAGCUCUCUCCUGUUUGAUUCUGGCAAUCAAACGAGGAAGGAGAGGAAACGGUGGAAACAUAUAAGCCAGGUUGAACGACCAGGGUACUGCUAAAGCAUCUAUCAGUACUGCCUGAGGAUCCCUUGACCUGGACCUGUAACAAGGAAGUUUGGCGUUCUGACGAGACGCCAUCAGAUCCAAUUCUGGUGUGCCCCAUUGCUGAAUCAAUUGUGCAAACACCUCCGGAUGGAGUUCCCACUCCCCCGGAUGAAAAGUCUGACGACUUAGAAAAUCCGCUUACCAGUUCUCCACUCCUGGGUUAUAGAUUGCUGAUAGAUGGCAAGAGUGAGUCUCUGCCUAUCGAAUUAUUUUGGUAACCUCUAUCAUCGCUAGAGAACUCUUUGUUCCCCCCUGAUGAUUGAUCUAUGCUACAGUUGUGAUAUUGUCCGACUGGAAUCUUAUGAAUCUUGCUGAGGCCACGCCUGAAGCACGUUGAAUAUCGCUCUCAGUUCUAGAAUAUUUAUCGGGAGGAGAGCCUCCUCCUGAGUCCACAAACCCUGUGCUUUCAGGGAAUUCCAGACUGCACCCCAGCUCAAUAGGCUGGCGUCCGUCGUCACUAUGACCCACGCUGGCCUGCGGAAACACAUUCCCUGGGACAGAUGAUCCUGUGACAACCACCAAAGAAGAGAGUCUCUGGUCUCUUGAUCCAGAUUUAUCCGAGGAGAUAAAUCUGCAUAAUCCCCAUUCCACUGUUUGAGCAUGCAUAGUUGCAGUGGUCUGAGAUGCAAGCGAGCAAACGGAACUAUGUCCAUUGCCGCUACCAUUAGUCCGAUUACCUCCAUACACUGAGCCACUGACGGCCGAGGAAUGGAAUGAAGAGCACGGCAGGUGGUUAAAAUCUUUGAUUUCCUGACCUCCGUCAGAAAUUUUUUCAUGUCCACCGAAUCUAUCAGAGUUCCCAGGAAUGGAACUCUUGUGAGAGGGAUAAGUGAACUCUUUUUUACGUUCACCUUCCACCCGUGAGAUCUUAGAAAAGCCAACACGAUGUCCGUGUGAGACUUGGCUAGUUGGUGAGUCGACGCCUGAAUUAAGAUAUCGUCCAGAUAAGGCGCCACUGCUAUGCCCUGCGGCCUUAGAACCACCAGAGGGACCCUAGCACCUUUGUGAAAAUUCUGGGAGCUGUGGCCAACCCGAAGGGAAGAGCCACAAACUGGUAAUGCUUGUCCAGAAAGGCGAACCUGAGGAACUGGUGAUGAUCUUUGUGGAUAGGGAUGUGUAGAUACGCAUCCUUUAAGUCCACGGUGGUCAUAUAUUGACCCUCCUGGAUCAUUGGUAAAAUAGUCCGAAUGGUCUCCAUCUUGAAGGAUGGGACUCUAAGGAAUUUGUUUAGGAUCUUGAGAUCUAAAAUUGGUCUGAAGGUUCCCUCUUUUUUGGGAACCACAAACAGAUUGGAGUAAAACCCCUGUCCCUGUUCUGCUUCUGGAACUGGGCGGAUCACUCCCAUGGUAUAUAGGUCUUCUACACGUAAGAACGCCUCUCUUUUUGUCUGGUUUGCAGACAAUUGAGAAAGAUGGAAUCUCCCUCUUGGAGGAGAAUCUUUGAAAUCUAGAAGAUACCCCUGGGUUACAAUUUCUAAAGCCCAGGAGUCCUGAACGUCUCUUGCCCAAGCCUGAGCAAAGAGAGAAAGUCUGCCCCCUACUAGAUCCGGUCCCGGAUCGGGGGCUACCCCUUCAUGCUGUCUUGGGGGCAGCAGCGGGCUUCUUGGCCUGUUUACCUUUGUUCCAAGUCUGGUUAGGUCUCCAGACUGACUUGGAUUGAGCAAAAUUCCCCUCUUGUUUUGCAGCAGGGGAAGAGGUAGAGGGACCACCUUUGAAGUUUCGAAAGGAGCGAAAAUUAUUUUGUUUGGUCCUCAUCUUAUUUGUCUUAUCCUGAGGAAGGCCAUGGCCUUUCCCUCAAGUGAUGUCUGAAAUUAUCUCUUUCAGUUCAGGCCUGAAUAGGGUCUUACCUUUGAUAGGGAUGGCUAAAAGCUUAGAUUUUGGUGACACAGCAGCAGACCAGGACUUAAGCCAUAACGCUCUAUGCGCUAAAAUGGCAAAACCUGAAUUCUUUGCCGCUAAUUUAGCCAUUUGAAAAGUAGCAUCUGUAAUGAAAGAAUUAGCUAGCUUGAGAGCCCUAAUUCUAUCUAGAAUAUCAUCUAAUGGGGUCUCAACCUGAAGAGCCUCCUCCAGAGCCUCGAACCAAAAAGCAGCUGCAGCAGUUACAGGAACAAUGCACGCUAUAGGAGAAGAAAACCCUGACGAACAAAUAUUUUCUUUAGGAGACCCUCUAAUUUUUUAUCCAUAGGAUCUUUGAAAGCACAACUGUCCUCAAUAGUGUCUGAUAUGGGAAACAUUUUCUUAAAAGUAGGAGGGGGAGCGAACGGAAUACCUGGUCUAUCCCACUCCUUAGUAACAAUGUCCGAAAUCCUCUUAGGGACCGAAAAAACAUCAGUGUAGGCAGGAACCUCUAGAAAUCUGUCCAUUUUACACAAUUUCUCUGGAACUACAAUAGGGUCACAAUCAUCCAGAGCCGCUAAAACCUCCCUGAGCAACAAGCGGAGGUGUUCUAGUUUAAAUUUAAAAGCCGUCAUAUCUGAGUCUGUCUGAGGGAACAUCUUUCCUGAAUCAGAAAUCUCUCCCUCAGACAGCAAAUCCCUCACCCCCAACUCAGAACAUUGUGAGGGUACAUCAGAUAUGGCUAAUAAAGCGUCAGAGGGCUCAGCAUUUGUUCUCACACCAGACCUACUGCGCUUCACCUACAACCCAGGCAGCUUAGAUAAAACCUCUGUGAGGGUAGUAUUCAUAACUGCGGCCAUAUCUUGCAGGUGAAAGAAUUAGAUGCACUAGAAGUACUUGGCGUCGCUUGUGCGGGCAUUAAUGGUUGUGACACUUGGGGAGAAUUAGAUGGCAUAACCUGAUUCCUUCUGACUGAGAAUCAUCCUGCAACACACUUUUAGUAGCUAAAAUAUGUUCUUUGCAAUUUAUUGACCUUUCAGUGCAUGAGGGACACAUUCUAAGUGGGGGUUCCACAAUGGCUUCUAAACAUAUUGAACAUUGACUUUCCUCAAUGUCAGACAUGUUGAACAGGCUAGUAAUGACUACAAACAAGCUUGAAAACACUUUAUUUAGUGAAAAAAAUAAAUCUUAAAAAACGGUACUGCGCCUUUAAGAGAAAAAAAGCAUACACGUUCUGCAAAACUUUAAAAUACACCAAACUUUUCACAUUUUUUAUAGCAGACUCAAUUUGUGUAGUGAAGUUUGCCCCACAAGAAAAUAAAACAUUUAACCCUUUAUUGUGCAAACCGGAUUGAAAUAAGGCCUAAAUCCGGAAAAAACACACUCGGCCCCUACCUGCCCUCAGGGAUAGUAAAAAAUGGGGUUAAAGCUUCGAUUUGGCACAAAACUUCCACAAGGGCCCUCAGGAGUUGGAGCUUGCUAAGUGAAAACAACUGAGCAUCUGAGGUGUGAAAAUAGGCCCCGCCCAUCUCACUUGAUAUCUCUACAGCCUCAAAGAACCGCACCAGAGCGGUUUUAAACUAGCCAUGUGGGUUCUGAGACCCAAAAAUUAAGCCAAGUGUACCCUCAAUAAAGUUGCCAAAAAAACACUUUAUUGCCCACAAAACGUUAACAUCACUCCCAGUUCAUAAAACGUUUGCCCACAAACAUUCAAAAACCAGUGUCAACCAUUUUUUAAUUAGCCCCUUAUGCAAGGUUAGUAAUGCCCUUCUAUAGCUUCUAUAGGAUUACUGCUUACCCUUAUGGGGAUACUGUCAGCCUUUCUGAAAUACACAGUCUCUCCAGAAAAAAUGACUGAACAUACCUCACUGCUAUAUAGCAUGAAAACGUUCCUCACACUGAAGUUUCUUGUACCCCUCAGCCUCUGUGGGAACUGCACUGGAUCUUAGUGACAAAUGCUAAGAUUAUCAUCCUCCAGGCAGAAGUCUUCAUCCAUCUGCUGCCUGAGAGUAAAUAGUACACACCGGUACCAUUUAAAACAAAAAACUCUUGCUUGAAGAAAUUAAAAACUAUUUUAUCACCUCAUUCACUUUACCCUUCCUAGUACUUAGAGUAGGCAAAGAGAAUGACUGGGGGCGGAGCUAAGGGAGGAGCUAUAUAGACAGCUCUGCUGUGGUGCUCUUUGCCACUUCCUGUUAGCAGGAGUAUAAUAUCCCACAAGUAAAGGAUGAAUCCGUGGACUCGUUGUACCUUAUAGAAGAAAUAGGUUUUGCUUACAGUGUCUUCCACUAAUAUUGGCACUCUUGGUAAAUAUGAGCAAAGAAGGCUGUGAAAAAAUUAUUUGUUUAACCUUUUGUUCACAAAAUACACAAAAAUAUUCUGCUCUCAUGGAUAUCAAACAAUUGCAAACACAAGUUUAUAAAUAAAAAAAAUAUAUUUAUUAAAUGUGUGGAACAAUUAUUGGCAUCCUUUUAGUCAAUACUUUGUGCUACCUCCCUUUGCCAAGAUAACAGCUCUGAGACUUCUCCUAUAAUGCCUGAUGAGGUUGGAGAAUACAUGGCAAGGGAUCCGAGACCAUUCCUCCAUACAGAAUCUCUCCAGAUCCUUCACAUUUCAAAGGUUGACGCUGGUGGACUCUCCUCUUCAGUUCACCCCACAGGUUUUCUAUGGGGGUUCAAGUCAGGGAUGGCCAUGGCAGGACCUUAAUUUUGUGGUGAUUUUGAUUUAUGUUUUGGAUUAUUGUCCUGCAGGAAGAACCAGCCACACCCCAUUUUAAGCUUUCUGGAAGAGGCAGUCAAGUGUUCAUUUAAUAUUGGUUGAUAUUUGAUAGUCCAUGAUGCCAUGUGUCCUAACAAAAUGUCCAGGUCCUCUGGCAGAAAAACAGCCCCAAAACAUUAAUGAGCCACCACCAUACUUAACUGUGGGUAUGAGGUACUUUCCAAUAUGCCUACCUCUCUGUGUGUGCCAAACCCAGUUCCAGUAGUGUCUAGCAAACUGAAAGCGCUUGAGUUUGUUUUUGGACGAGAGUAGAGGCUUUUUUCUUGAAACCCUUCCAAACAACUUCGGUGAUAUAGGCGACGUUGGAUUUUAGUUUUGGAGACUUUCUGACCCCAAGAUGCAACUAACUUCUGCAAUUCUCCAGCUGUGAUCCUUGGAGAUAUUUUGGCCACUCGAACCAUCCUCUUCCAGGUUGAUUCAUAAAAUGUUCCAGUUGACUAGAACUUCUUAAUUAUUGCCCUGAUGGUAAAAAUUGGUAUUUUCAAUGCUUUUACUAUGUUCUUAUAGCCAUUUCCCAUUUUGUGAAGCUCAACAACCUUUUGCCGCACAUCACAGCUAUAUUUUUUGGUGUUACCCUUUUGAUUAAUGGUAUUUGGCCUAUGUGUUACCUCAUAUUUAUAUCCCUGUGAAACAGGAAGCCGUGGUUUAAAUAUUUACUGUUCCUAAUCACCCAGGUGUACUAAAAAAAAAAAAAAAUGUAAAAUAUCAAUGGGAAUAUACUUAAAAUAUAUAGGGGUGCCAAUAAUUAUGUCACACAUAUUUAACAAAUAUUUUUUUUUUCUUUUGAUAAACCUGUGUUGUGUUUGCAAUGGUUUAUUUAUGAGAGCAGAGUAUUUUUUUAAUCAAAAGACCAAAAUGUUAAAACAGACAAUUUUUUAACAGCCUUCUUUGCUCAUAUUUACCAAGGGUGCCAUUAUUUGUGGAGGGCACUGUAUGUUUGCAAAACAAAUCAUUUUUAACUUUUUCCUUAAUGUAUUCAUUAAAGGGACACUGAACCUAUUUUUUUUAUUUUAUGAUUCAGAUAGAGCAUGCCAUUUUAAUCAACUUUCUAAUUUACUCCGUUUAUCAAUUUUUAUUUGUUCUCUUGCUAUCUUUAUUUUAAAAGCAGGAAUGUAAAUCUAAGCAGCUAGCCCAUUUUAGGUUCAGCACCAUGGAUAGUGCUUUCUUAUUGGAGGCCGACAUUUACCCACCAAUAAGCAGGUAUAACCCAGAUUCUCAACCAAAAAUGGGCUGGCUCCUAUGCAUCACAUUCCUAUUUUUUAAAUAAAGAUAGCAAAAGAACGAAGAAAAAUUGAUAAUAGGAGUAAAUUAGAAAGUUCCUUAAAAUUGCAUGCUCUAUCUGAAUCAUGAAAGAAAAAUGUUGGGUUUAAUGUCCCUUUAACUAAAAAUAAUAAUUUAGUUAAUUACCGAAGCAAACUAAUGUACAAAUACAAUAUUUAUUAAUUCAUUUUUAGUUCCCUCUAUCUAUUUGAUAGUUAAACUAAAAAUGAACAAAUUUCAGACAAAAUUAGCAAAAACUUGUAAUUUGUUUGAAAAAGAAAUGUUUGGAGCUCAGCUUUGAACGAUGUGCAAUAGAUUUAAAUUUUAAAGAAUGCAUGGAUUUAUAUUCGUCUUUCUAAUACUCAUGCCAAGAUAUUGUAAGAAAGUAUCAAUGAAAUGUUUUUUUCUCUCUCAACACAAUCAAAACAUAUUUAUCAUGAAUGCUUUAAUUGUAUGGACUUGCAAAAAAAAAAAAACAACAGCCUUGUAUAAUAAAAAUACAAAAACAAUUGAA